AUGGACAUUGAUAAUACUGAAGUGUCCGUUGCUGCACCGGCCGAGGAAGAGUCGGGCGAGAAGAAGGGCGUGACGACUGCAAGUGAAGUUGGAAUCGCAGCUCUUGUGCCCUUUGCGAACCCUCUCGCGAGCGAGAAGGACCAGAAAAAAGUGCUCAAAUCCGUCAAGAAGGCCGCCAAAUCCAAAGCGAUAAAACGUGGUGUCAAGGAAUGCGUCAAAUCCAUUCGCAAAUCGCCCGCCGCGACCCCAUCGUCUCUCAACCCUGCCACUCUCCCCCCCGGAAUCGUGAUUCUCGCCGCGGACAUCAGCCCCAUGGACGUGAUCUCACACAUCCCGGUGCUCUGCGAAGAUCACGGAAUUCCUUACAUCUACGUACCAUCGAGAGCAGAACUCGGAUCAGCAGGGAGCACGAAGCGACCAACGAGUGUGGUGAUGAUUACGCCCACGCCAGGAAAAGGAGCUGCAGACAGCGCGCAAGAGUGGAAGGAGUCCUUUGCAGAGUUGAACACACUGGCCAGGAAGCUGGGUAGCGAGGUCACAGUCUGA